AUGGAUAGUGCAGCGAAGGGUGGCCAUCUUGAUAUGGUGAAGUGGCUUCAUGACAACCGCGACGAAGUCGUCAAGUGGCUCCAUGUCCAUCGUACUGAAGGAUGCACAGCACAAGCGAUGGAUAAGGCAGUAGCAAAUGGAUUUCUAAAAGUAGUGGAAUGGCUACAUGAGUUUCGUUCUGAAGGGUGUUCAUCCAAUGCCAUGGGUGGAGCUGCACGUGGAGGUCAUUUAGAAAUACUAAAGUGGCUGCACACUCAUCGGGAUGAGGGCUGCACAAAGUUAGCUAUUUCCUAUGGCGGCUGUCUCGAAGUGUUAAAAUGGCUUCAUGCCAACACAACAGAAGGCUGUACGCCUGCUGCGAUGGACUGGGCUGCAAGUUAUGGUCAUUUGGACGUAGUGAAAGACCACUUAAGCGUGGUAAAGUGGCUUCAUUUUAAUCACACAGAAGGCUGUUUGGAAGAUACGUUGUCGAUGCCCGUUCUGCGAUGA